AUGCUAGAAAGCGUAUUCCUCAGUGCGAGAAUACCACAAAGCAGAAGCGAGAAAAGCAACGGCUGGCAGAAUGGGUUCAAGCAGCACAUUUUGGUGGACGUUUUCUUUGCAUCAACCUCGUCAGUUAAGACUGAGACAACUGCAUUGAUUGCAUAUAACGUUCUGAGCCACGUCCUCAGACUUUUUGACGAAACUCUUACACCUGUGUCUUGGGACCUCUCAAAGCUGCGUCACUUCAAAAAUACCCUAUUCCGUCAGACAGAGAAGCUUGAGGAAUGCAUGGAAGGUCAAACACCUUUUGUUGGGGUCUUGAACUCCUUUGCCGACCGCAGCGAGCUUCUGAAGACCUACUUUGAAAAUAUGGAAAAUGUUUUAAAGGACAAGGGAGGCAAUUUUCCUGUGCAAUGCAAAAAAGAGAACGUAGCGAUUGCUGUGCCGCUGGAUGCCUAUGAGAUUACAGAGGACUCCCAGAUUGAAGACAUCAAGAUGACGAUUUAUGAGGUAUUAAAUGACGUCAACAAGAUUUUCCUGAGUGGGCCGAAGCCUGCAAGCUGGAAUAAGACUAAUCUGGAUAACUUUCAUAACAACCUUCAUCGCCAGAUUCACGGAGUAAAACAGUGUGUGCAGGUCAGAGCUGGAGCGCCACAAGGCAGUCACCUGGUGCUAAAGGCGUAUUUUAAGAAACUGCAAAAUGUUUUACAAGACAAGGACUACAGUUUCUGUGCUUGGGAAAUUGUAAGAAAAGAAGCAGUAAACACUUUAACCCAAGUUCAGCUGCUCAUGGACAAAGCUGAGAUCGAGUAAAAUGACUGGAAAAUGUUACUGUCAUUAUUGUGUAUUGUUAAAAUGUUCAAUUAUUUCAAUUCAACUGCUGUUACAGCGUUUUGAAAUGUAUCCUACCAGCAUUGCCUAUUUAUUUAAAUAUUUAUUGCAUAUAUUUAUUUAAUUAUUUAUGUUUGGAGAUGUGUUUU